UUUAGAAGUGCCGACAUGCUGAACGUGCCGUCGCAGUCCUUUCCUGCUGUAAGUUCUCAGCAGCGCGUCGCUCCAUCGGGGCAGUCAAGGAACAAGGUGGCUCUGAAGCCAGGCCAUAGUCUUAUGGACUGGAUCAGACUCACUAAAAGUGGGCGGGAUCUGACUGGACUGAGAGGUCGUCUCAUCGAGGUCACAGAGGAGGAGCUGAAGAAACACAACACUCGAAAUGAUUGCUGGACCUGCAUAAGGGGUAUGGUGUAUAAUGUGAGUGCUUACAUGGAUUUCCAUCCCGGUGGGGAGGAGGAGUUAAUGAGAGCAGCUGGGAUUGAUGGCACUGAUCUGUUUGACCAGGUUCACCGCUGGGUUAAUUAUGAGUCUAUGCUGAAGGAGUGCCUUGUGGGAAGGAUGGCAGUCAAGGCCAGCUCUGUCAUUAAAGCACAGCCAGUUAAAAAGGAGAGCGCUCAAGUUAACGGUCUCACUCUACCACCUCCAGCGCCUGUGCCAGCUGUUCCUGGAACAGCCCCACUGCCGCCGAAGGACGCUCGCCCUCGGUAUGACUGGUUUCAGACAGAUGCCACAGUCAAUAUUGUUGUUUACACCAAACGUAAGAUUCCAAAGCCUGGCUGUGCAGUGGUGGACCUGCGGGGAGGUGUUCUUCGUUUGGAAGUUCUCUUGGGGAAGAUGUCCUACCUGCUCCACUGGCGUCUUUCCGAUGAGGUGGAGGAAGGGUUUUCCAUUCAUACUGCCAGUUUGGUUGGCAAGAUACAGCUCAGCAUCCGCAAGACGGUCAAAGCCAAGUGGACUCACCUGGGUCAACCACUGCAAUCCCAUGAUUCUUUUGUACGGAGUAAAGAUCGCGAUCUGUUCUACAGAGAGUGUACUCUGGUCUCUAAAAAGGAUGUCACACGUGACACACACAUCUUCUGCAUGCGUCUCCCUCCUGGAACACGCAUGCAUGUACCUGUAGGGAGACAUGUCUACCUCAAAGCCUCUAUUGAAGGCAAUGAUGUGGUGAAACCUUACACGCCUGUGCAGGAGACUUUGAUGCCUAGCACACACUCCACUGAAGAAAUGGGUUCAGACAUCUUUCUAAUGAUCAAAGUCUACCCUAAUGGAACAUUCACCCAAUAUCUGAACAGCCUUCAUAUUGGAGACUCCCUGUCCAUCAGCGGUCCUGAGGGACCCUUCAGUCUGCGUCUGCUGCGUGAUGUCACUCACCUGUACCUGUUAGCCGCGGGCACAGGCUUCACACCCAUGGCCCGCCUCCUUCACCUGGCCCUCCAGGACCUGGCGUCCAUCAGAAAAACCAAGCUGAUGUUCUUCAACCGGCAGGAGAGUGAUAUCCUGUGGCGUGCUGAGUUGGAGCAGUUAUGUGCCCAUGACGAGAGGUUUCAGGUGGAGUUUGUUCUUUCCGAGCCCUCUGAUUUGUGGACGGGCAGGAGAGGGCGGGUGGACGCCUCUAUGCUUAAGGACUUCCUAGACAAACCAGAGGACUCAAAAUGUUUAGUGUGUGUUUGCGGCCCCACGGGCUUCACCGAGCUGACAGUGCAACUUGUCAAACUUCAGGGCCUCAGUGAUGAAGAAAUUCAUGCUUUCCAGGGCUGAUUUUUGGGAGAAUCCAUGACUACAGAACACCAAGCACCAGAAUGAUUUGUGUGGGUGUGUGUGUGUGUGUCUGUGCCCUUGUGUGAACGGUACCAUUGCGUGUGGACUAUUUCUAUGCAUAAUGGACUUGAAUGAACUUCUGAGCUAUGCUCAUCAAAAAUCA